GCUCCUGAUUCCUUGUGGUCCUGUGGUCCUGGUCCACGUGGCUCCAGAUGUGGGGACUCCUGCUUUGUCUGCUGUUCAUCAGCUCAGCAGCUCUGAAGGACGUAGCUGGUGGAGAUGUGUGUGUGUCGGGUCAUGACAGUGGGCCAGUGUUUGAAGAACAACCCAGCAGUUUAAUUUACCCUGAAGGCCUGACGGAAGGAAAGGUGACACUCAGCUGUCAAGCCAGAGCCAGUCCAACUGCAUCCUACAGGUGGCUUGUGAAUGGCACAGACGUGCCACUGGGUUUGGACCUCCGCUAUACCCUGGUAGCAGGUAACUUGGUGAUCAGCAGCCCUGAGCCCAGUCGGGAUACGGGCUCGUAUCAGUGUCUGGCCAUCAACAGCUGCGGCACCGUCAUCAGCAGGGCAGCAAACCUGAAGUUUGGCUACCUCCACGACUUUCCUCCUGACAGCAGGAGUCCACAGGUGGUGUAUGAAGGUGUAGGGACCUUUCUGGCCUGUCAGCCCCCUCCACAUUACCCAGCACUGUCCUACCGCUGGUUUGUCAACGACUUUCCAAACUUCAUCAAACGGAACCACAGCCGCUGGUUUGUUUCCCAGGUAACAGGAAAUUUGUACUUAGCCAAAGUAGAGCCAAAUGACACGGGGAACUACUUCUGCUUCACCACCAUCAACAUGGACUUCAGCACUAAGAGCACCUUCAGCAAAGGCAACCAGCUCAACGUUCUACCUGAUGCCAAUCACAGGAAGUCAUCUCCAAGCAUCCAAGUUCGAUUCCCUGCAGACACCUACGCCUUAGCUGACAGCUGUCAGUUAGAAUGCUUCGCCUAUGGAAAUCCAGUCCCCAAACUGCGAUGGAGGAAGGUGGACAGCUUAAUGCCGUCCAAGGCAGGCUCCAGUGCUGAAGGUCCUGUCCUCAUUCUGCCAAACGUCUCCUUUGAUGAUGAAGGUUUUUAUGAGUGUGAAGCCUCCAACUCUGAAGGAGCCGACACAUACCAGGGACGCAUCAUUGUCCAAGCUCAGCCGGAGUGGUUGCAGGUGAUGAGCAACUCGGAGGUUGAAAUCAGCUCAGAACUGCAGUGGGACUGUGUCGCUGUUGGUAAACCACGCCCCUCCAUGCGCUGGCUACGUGACGGACAUCCCUUCACCACCACGGACGGGGUGGAGGUAAACGGGGGUCGUCUGAAGAUCAGUCACCUGGCCCUGGAUGACUCAGGAAUGUACCAGUGUGUGGCUGAGAACAAACACGGUACCAUCUACUCCACAGCUGAGCUGAGAGUCCAGGUUCAGUCUCCAGACUUCAGGCUUAAUCCUGUGCGGAAACUGAUCCCAGCAGCCAGAGGGGGUCAGGUGAAGAUUGAGUGUCGCCCACGAGCUGCUCCAAAACCCGUUCUCUUCUGGAGCCGUGGAACGGAGCUCCUCACUAACAACAGCAGGGUGACUGUGAGUCCUGACGGGGUUUUAUGGAUCCACAACAUCAGCAGGGCAGAUGAAGGCAAAUAUACCUGCUUUGCUGAAAACUACCUGGGAAAAGCCAACAGCACCGGACACGUGUCAGUCAGAGAUGCCACUAAGAUCACUCUGGCUCCUUCUAAUGCUGACAUCAAUCAAGGUGAAAAUGUGACCUUACAGUGCCACGCCUCCCACGACCCCACCAUGGACUUGACCUUCACGUGGGCCCUGAAUGGAGUCCUACUCGACCUUGAGGACUCCCCCGGACCGUACCACCGGGUGGAGGCGAAAGAAACCAUUGGAGAUCUGUUAAUUGUGAAUGCCCAGUUGAAUCAAGCAGGGGCGUACACGUGCACGGCUCAGACUGUGGUGGACAGCUCCUCGGCUUCAGCCAAACUGGUGGUUCGAGGACCUCCGGGACCUCCUGGAGGUCUGCUGGUGAAGAACGUCGCUGCAACGUCAGUGGAGCUCAGGUGGAGUCGUGGAUACGACAACCACAGUCCCAUCGGGAAAUAUGUCAUCAUGGGCCGCUCGCCGCUUGCUUCAGAGUGGAAGAAGAUGAGGACAGAUCCACCAAACAUCGAAGGCAAUGCAGAGUCGGCCCGCGUGAUGGGACUCAUCCCCUGGAUGGAUUAUGAAUUCCAGGUCAUUGCCAGCAACAUACUGGGGAGCGGCGAGCCCAGCAUGCCCUCGCACACCAUCCGAACACAGCAAGCAGCUCCAACGGUGGCCCCCAGUGGGCUUGGAGGAGGAGGAGGAGACCGGAAUGAACUCAUUAUUACCUGGACGCCCAUGGCCAGGGAAUACCAAAACGGAGAUGGCUUUGGCUACAUCCUGGCAUUUCGAAGAAAAGAUACAAGCUCUUGGACAGUGGUCCGCAUUCCCCACGUGGAGUCAUCAAGAUUUGUGCACUACAACGAGAGCCUGCUGCCGUACACGGCCUUCGAGGGGAAGAUCAAAGCCUACAACCGCAGAGGAGAAGGUCCCUUCAGCCAGACUGCUGGGAUUUACUCUGCAGAAGAAGAGCCGAUGGUCGGGCCAUCGCAGAUCAACGCCACGGCGCUGAGCGCCUUCGACAUCCAGGUUUCAUGGUCACCUGUGGACCAGAUCAGCUCUGGUGGAAUCAUCAGAGGAUACGAGAUCCGUUACUGGAGGCAGCAUGAGCGGGAAGUGGCAGCAGACCGAGUGCGGACAGCAGGACUGGAAACCACAGCCAGAGUCUCAGGACUUCGACCCAGCACUCGGUACCAUGUGGCUGUCCUGGCUUAUAACAGCGCCGGAACUGGACCUCCUUCACCACGGACCACUGUCACCACCAGAAAACCACCUCCCAGUCGUUCUCCAGGAAAUGUGUCAUGGAAGACUGAUGGCUCAUGGGUAAUGUUGAGGUGGAACCAUGUGACAGCCAUGCACAACGAGUCCGCGGUACUUGGCUACAAGGUCCUGUGCAAACACGAGGGUCAGACCGUGUUAAAGGUUCUCGACAAGGGGAAGACUUCAGUUCAGCUUCCGCUCCCACAAAACCAUGGUUACAUUGUUCUGGAAAUUCGGACCUGGGGUGAAGGAGGAGACGGGCCAGCACAUGAGAUCAUUGUGUCCCGAGACUCAGGAACUGGCAUGAUGGUGCAGAGUGAGGGCUACUCCUGGUUGUCCAUCCCGCCGCGCCGCCUCCUCUGUGGCGCUCUUUUCCUCAUUCCACUGUUUGGGCUGUGACCUCAGCAGGCUGUGGCUGCGUGUUUCAGGCGG